AGCUUAAUGAACCACUUUUCUUAUAAAUACUCCACUCUCAUCUUCCACCUACAAUGUUGUAAGCUUCAUCUCUUUCCUCUCAGCAAUCCAAAAGAAAAAAAAAAAAAAAAAAAAAAACACUAGUUUUCUCGAAAUUUCUUGUUCAUUUUCAUCCUUUUCCAAAGAGAAAAAUACAACCAAAGAUGUUUGGAAAUAUAGACUUUGAAAAUGAUUAUGCUUUACUUCAAUCAAUUAAGCUUCAGUUACUUGAAGAUUGGGAAUGGGAAAAUCCUCCAGCAACAUCUUCAGAAAAUUAUGCUUCCUCUUAUGGCAGAAAUAACAGCAUGGAGUCCAAUACCAAUACGCUUUCUAAUGUCUUUUCAAAUGAAUUUGAUUAUACGCUUUCUAAUGUCUUUCCAAAUGAAUUUGAUUAUACAAGCGACAGUACAUUUGUGUCCGAUUUCCAUAAUGAUUGCAUUGGACAUGAACGGCAACCUUCCAGUGUGAAAUCGGAGCCUGAAAUUUGGAACUUCUCCGAAUAUGCUGCGCCGCCAGAGACACGUGUAGUAGUGGCGCCGCCGCCGCCAGAGCCGGUGGUGAAUGCGAGGCAUUAUAGGGGAGUGAGACAGAGACCAUGGGGGAAGUUCGCGGCGGAGAUAAGGGAUCCGGCGAAGAAUGGAGCGAGAGUGUGGCUUGGUACAUAUGAGACAGCGGAGGAUGCAGCGUUGGCUUAUGACAAAGCGGCGUUUCGAAUGCGGGGGUCACGUGCAUUGCUGAAUUUUCCAUUGAGGAUCAAUUCUGGCGAACCGGAGCCCGUUAGAGUUGGUUCAAAAAAGUCAUCAACCUCGCCGGAAUGUUCUUCUUCUUCCUCCUCGUCAUCGGGGAAGAGGAGGAAGAAGAUCCCAGUAUAAAAUGGGCCAGGUCGGGUUAGAUCGAUUUCUAGUGAUAAAUAUUCAGGGUGUUUGAUUAAUGGCAAUAAGGAUAUGAAUCUCGGAAUAUUUCCUAAAAUUAUUUUAUUUCAUGAAAUAUCCCAAGUUAUAAUGAAGUCAUUUCAUCAAGCAAAUGAUCCCUUAAGAGUUUCGAUAGGACUAUAGACUUGCGUUUUUUCUUUUUUGGCUAAGUUAGGCCUUUGGUUGAAUGAAUGUAUUUCUACUGUAAAGUAGUAAGUAGUAACUGUCCUAAUGAUGAAAUUCUUCUUUAUUUUCCAA